AUGCGACUUUGGUUUAUUCUCAUUCUCAUCAUCAGUUUUGCUAACUCCAAUUGGGCAGGAUUUUUCAGUCGUAAAGAAAAUGAGGCUUGUAUACCAAUCGUCGAUGAUUAUACGACAUGUUGCUGUUGUCGAGCAUGGAAACACGCACGUUAUCUACCUUAUAUUCUUGUCGGUGCAUAUCGUAAUGAACAUAUUUGGGGAGAUGAGUCUUGCCCCAAUAAUCCAUGUCCAAAUCGUGGAUUAGAGCAUAUUGCUACUUUUCACUCCAGUGGAUAUCAACCACAGGCGCGUUGGACUGAUCUUCCAAAGCCAGAACCUCCAUCCGAUCCUAAACAGAAACUGAAACCUCAACCAACUUAUAUUGGAUUUCAUACUACCAAAGCUGAUUCAGCUGUCAAAAUUGCGAAAGGUGGCUUCUUGCCCAGCUCACAGGGUAUGAUAGGUCCCGGUGUAUAUUUUGCACGGUCAUUGGAAGCGACCAUCGGCAAAGUGGGUGCAGCAGGUGGUUUUUGGUGCAUGGAUUAUAGCCGAAGUAAACAUGGGCAAGGUACUUGUCGUUCACCGACACUCCAGAGAUCAAGAUAUAGCCAGAACUGGUGA